UAGAAAUCAGCUUUAGCAAGCUGAGAAGCCUCUAUGUUCAGCCCAGAGCCUCUCUCUCACCCCCCUUAUCUCCUGCCCCUUGGAACCUGGCUUCCGGAAAGGGCUCUGCUGCCUGCCACAUCCCCACGGGCUGCACCCUGAAUUGUUUCCUUGGUGCCACGAGGGAUCACUGACGUCUCUGCCAUAACCUGUUCUUAUCAAAUUAUGAAACUUUCGCUACCCUGAAUGCACCUUGGUCAGCCGCGACGCUGAGAAGUUAAUCUUCCUCCACUGGAGCAGCUUCACUUCAUUUUUGUCCUGAGAGGAAGCCAAAAGGAAGAGACCUCAAGCGGCCAUGAACUCGGCCAUCGCCAGCCCUGAGCACCCAGACCCCUCGUGGAGGGGUGACGGUGUAUUCAGCUCCCAAGAAGGCAGCCAAGACAAGAAGAAGGAUGACCAGCCCAGGAGUCCAAGCAGCAGCCACCUGGCUUAUAGCAUCCUGGAUAUCCCUCCAUGGUAUCUCUGCAUCUUCUUGGGGAUCCAGCACUUCCUCACGGCCCUGGGGGCGCUUGUGGCAGUGCCUUUCAUCCUGGCCAAGGAUCUGUGUUUGCAGCAUGACCCCCUGACCCAGAGCUACCUCCUCAGCACCAUUUUCUUCGUCUCUGGCAUCUGCACUCUUCUGCAAGUGUUUUUAGGAGUCAGGCUGCCCAUUCUCCAGGGAGGGACGUUCGCUUUCGUGGCGCCCUCUCUGGCCAUGCUCUCCCUUCCCACCUGGAAGUGCCCCGCGUGGACGCUCAAUGCCAGCCUGGUGAACACCAGCUCUCCUGAAUUCACCGAGGAAUGGCAGAAGAGGAUCCGAGAGCUGCAGGGAGCCAUCCUGGUCGCUUCCUGUGUCCAGAUGCUGGUGGGCUUCUCGGGCCUCAUAGGCUUCCUCAUGCGCUUCAUCGGCCCCUUGACCAUCGCUCCGACCAUCGCCCUCAUGGCUCUGCCCCUCUUCGAUUCCGCCGGCAAUGACGCCGGGAUCCACUGGGGGAUCGCGGCCACGACCAUCUUCCUCAUCGUGCUGUUUUCCCAGUACCUGAAAAACAUCGCGGUGCCGGUGCCUGUUUACGGACGAGAGAAGAAGUGUCACACCUCUAAGUUCUACCUGUUUCAGGUCUUUCCUGUGCUGCUGGCGCUCUGCCUCUCGUGGCUGCUCUGCUUCGUGCUCACCAUCACAAACGCUCUACCCUCGGCACCCACAGCCUAUGGGUACUUGGCUCGUACCGACACCAAAGGCAACGUCCUGAGCCAGGCUCCUUGGUUUCGCGUCCCUUACCCAGGACAGUGGGGCCUCCCCACCAUCAGCCUGGCUGGGGUCUUUGGGAUCAUCGCGGGGGUGAUCUCCUCCAUGGUGGAGUCCGUAGGCGAUUACUACGCCUGUGCCCGCCUGGUGGGGGCGCCACCCCCUCCGAGGCACGCCAUCAACAGAGGCAUCGGCAUUGAGGGCCUGGGCUGCCUGCUGGCAGGGGCCUGGGGGACCGGGAAUGGCACUACCUCCUACAGCGAGAAUGUGGGUGCACUGAGCAUCACGAGGGUGGGGAGCAGGAUGGUGAUUGUCGCCGCGGGCUGUGUGCUGCUCCUGAUGGGCAUAUUCGGGAAGAUCGGGGCUGCCUUUGCCACCAUCCCGACCCCCGUGAUCGGAGGCAUGUUCCUGGUGAUGUUCGGGGUCAUCACGGCCGUGGGGAUUUCCAACCUGCAGGCGCUGAUGGGUCCCGGCUGCCCUGGGGGCCUCUCUCCUGCAGUACGUGGACAUGAACUCAUCCAGAAACCUCUUUGUCUUUGGCUUCUCCAUCUACUGUGGGCUUGCUGUUCCCAACUGGGUGAACAAGAACCCCGAGAGGCUCCACACAGGGAUUCUCCAACUGGACCAGGUCAUCCAGGUGCUGCUGACCACAGGCAUGUUUGUUGGUGGAUUUCUGGGUUUUCUACUGGACAACACCAUCCCUGGAUGCAUGAGGCUGAAGUCGACCACCCAUGGAAGAAUGUCCCCGUGGUGUGAGCCCUUCCUGCCACCCGAGGGGAGGUGAGCCGAGGCCUCAUGACACUCUGCUCUGUCCUACCUGUUUGAACUGCGUGUUAACACAGCAAAGGCCUUUAAAAAAAUCGAUGAUCUGCAUGUAGAGCUGAAACUUCUCCUCGGGCUUUUCUGGGUUGCAGAUGGCCAGCACGGAACUGACAGCAGAAAGGAGGAAGAAAGAGCAAACAUUUAGAAUCCUAACAUUUUCCCUCUGCUCACACCCUCUAAACUGGAUUCUAGUGUGAGCCGAGCACCUUGAAACAAGCAGCUGAACCCUCCGAUGGCCCAGAGUCCGUCGAGGAAGGUUUGCAUGGUCCCGGUUCCAGCAUCAUGUCUGGAACGUGCUGGGAAAGCAAGACUAUAGGGAGGUUGGCUCCUGUGCCCUAGAUCACAUGCUCUGAGCCGUGGCCCACGCACCAAGGAGUGUACAGCCUUGUACACCAACGCUGUGGUUCUGCUCCCUCUGGCGGCUGCCCAGGCAGCUCAGGGAGCACAGGGCACUGUCAAGUUCAAUCCCCUGAGGUGCCACCCUCCGCUCAGGCUCUGGCCCACAGGGAAGGCUGCUCUGCGGAUUCCUUUCUCACGUCCCCGGACAAGGGGAGAGACCCGCCAGUGGGGCCAUGAGUCGGGCCCAGACAGCUGGUGCUCUGACCUCGCUUCCUGCUGGAAUGGGAGCAGGCACAUUGUGGGAACCCUUGGCAGCAACGCCAGCCUUUUCUAAGGAAAGUAGGAAAAACAAACAACCCCCCCCCCCCAUUUUCAAGAGGUUAUUUUUUUGUUCCAUCAGCAGAGUGAGGAGUUCUGAAAUUGUUUAGAGAGUACCCUUGAGCCACUUUUCAGCCAAGUGGCCUUCACAGCCUGAGCCCAGCUGGGAAAUAUCCAGCCCGUCUCAGCAAAAUCAGACUCCACACAGUGCAGGAAGAGCUUGAGUCACCACGGAAAAUGGCUUGGAGAUUUUGGACAAGUCUGUCUGGACAGUGGGGGGAUGGGGAGCAGGUGGGCGGAGGAGCAAAUGCUGACGUCUGAUAUGUAGCCGAAGGCCCGGGCCAGAGUGGAGAUGAUCUUUGGGAUCGUGAGGACAGGAAUGUCACCCUCACUCACUCCCAAGCCAGAAAAACUAAAUG